UAUCUUAUGGAUUUUGUUCUGCUGAUCAUGAAAAUUGCCAUGUAAUUUCCUAUCACGUACCUUUUUGCAAUCAUCUACAUACGUUAUUUCAAUUAAUAAUUUCAGUCAGAAUAACUGAUGCCAAGAUUAAGGAAGGCAUUUCUGAUGGUCUUCAAAUGAAACAGGUCAUCAAUGACAGAGUUCAAAGAACUUCUAGAGGGACUAGAGAGAAACACAUGGAAGGCAUUCAAAGGUGGUGUCGAAACAUUUCUUGGCAACUACAAAGCACUAAUCUAUGUGUAUUGGUUGACAACAUGCUUCCAGCAUACAAAACCGUGAAGUGCAACAUGUGACUAAAGAUUCGUUUUCUGCAUUCCCAUUUAGACUUCUUCCCUGCCAAUGUUGGCACUGCCAGUGAUGAGCGUGGUGAAUGGUUUCACCAUUGAAUUGAAUUAUCUUUAUUGUCAUUAUACAUGGGUAGAAUGAAACUCUGUUUGGCUUCCUCUCAGGCAAUCAAACAAAGUGAUUAGAUAAAAACAAGACAGUAAUAGAAAAAUGGUAUUAAAUAGGUAAGUAGCAGAAAAUAAGUUGCAGCAGCACCAGAAUGUCACAGUAAUGCACAAAGUGCCGUUAGUGCAAGUAUUUGAGUCCUUGUGUGAGCUCACAGUUUCAGUCAUUGUUCUGUGGGAGUGGUGUGAUGGAGACCACGGCUCUGGGGUAGAAGCUGCUCCUCAGACUACUUGUUCUGGUUUUUAGUGUCCCGAACCUUUUGCUGGAUGGAAGCGGGUCAAACAGGGAGUGGCCGGGAUGUGUGGUGGCUCUGGUUAUGCUGAUUGCUUUCCUCCCGAGUCUGCUGGAGUAAAUGGUGUCCAAUCCUGGGAGCUCCAUCCUGACAGUUCACUGGGCUGCCUUCACCACGUGAUGCAGGUCUUGUCACUCAGCGGCUGUGCAGCUGGCAUACCACACGGUGGCACUGUUGGUCAGGAUGGUUUCAGUUGUGCUUCUGUAGAAGUUGAGCUACAGUUUUUGUGAGAGUUUGGUCUGUUUCAGCUUUCUGAGGAAGAUGACUCUUUGUUGUGCUUUUUUUUUACAAGCAUCGAGGUGUUGGUGGUCCAUGUCAGCUACUUUGACAACGUAACUCCAAGGAACUUUAGGUGUUCCACACUUUCCACUAUCCCUCCAUGCAUAUGGGGGGGGUGUAAUCUGUCCUUUCAUCUCCUGAAGUCAAUGAUCAUCUCUUUUGUUUUAGAAGUGUUAAGGACCAGGUCAUUGUCCUUGCACCACUCCACCAGAAGAUCUACCUCGAGCCUGUAGGCUGUUUCAUCCUCGUUGGAGAUCAGGUCAACCACCGUGGUUUCAGUUCAAAGAAUAAUACCAGGGAUUGAAAAUGACUAUAGUGAAGACUGGAUGGCUGCUGUUCCAUCUGCUCAAGAAGCUGAAAAUGCCAUUUGGCAAGUUCUGUUUCAUCUUCCUGACGGAACCAAGACUAUGACUGUCAAUGAAAUCUUGAGAACUCGUUAUAGAAUCGGCACAACAGUUUCUCGGCUAUUGUUCAGGGCUCCGUACAAUACAGCUGACAUUGAACAGUUAAUGGUAGAAAAUGUUCCGGUCUCGAGCAUUCGAUCAACGACUUUCUACAAACAAGAGUGGAUGAUCCUCUUAAUUGACACAGCAGUGGCUUGCCCUACCGAUGGCACAACCUUCACUGAGAAUAGUAUCAGUUGGAGAAUUCCAAGAAUCAUCCCAUCGCUUAGUUCUCCAGAAGAACAGUUCUUUGAUGACUCUAUUGUUUUGGGAGUUGAAGGUGUUACUCUCAGCCCAGAUAAAAUAGCACAACUGAAUUAUACAAUGACAUACAAUGCCACAGACAUCAUUAUCACUAUUCCCAUUGGAGCAGAAGGUGGAUAUUACAAGAGUCAUGUAAUUGAAGGACAACAUGGUAUUUUGUACUUGAUACAAUUAUCUGCAGAACAUCAGUGGGAGCUAACCAAAUACACAAUUGUGCAUCCCGUUGCCUCACCCUUCAUACCACGGCCUCCAAUUUUAACCAAUAAUACCAUUCCAGACAAGCGCAUAUUCAACAUUUCUUUAGGCAGCUUCCUUCCAGAUGUAGAGCUUGUAGCUCUAACUAUAGGUACACAGACGGUCAAGGUGGAUCAGGCAGACAAGAUGGGAAUCACAAUCUAUGACACACCACUGCCUAACAACACUAAAGUCUACGUAGUGGAAGUUCCAUUUGAGAAUGCAAUUGUGAAGCAAGAGCACCUGCAUUCUAAUGUCAGAAACUACAUAUUUGAUGUCAUCUAUGUAUUCAACAUAAACCCAGAAAAUGAACCAUUUAAUCACCAUGUAAAAGUAAUGCAAGAAGUACCAGAUAUUGUGUUACCCAAAGCAACUGGAUUCUGUGAUGAAAAGAGCUUGUAUCUACUAAUAACUCAAGGGAAUCUAGUCCACUACUGGCUUCCUUACAUUGCUCAAAAGCUGGUAACAGAGAAAUCUGCACAAGAUUUGGGGUACCUUUUAAUGGACAAUACAACCCAUAGUUUAUUUGGUGUCCCUCUUUUUGGAAGGAGUGUGAUUUAUGAGAAAUUGAGCCUUCAAGGAAUUACAGCUAGACUUAACCUGACACUGAAGGACAAAAAUACAUUGAAGAUUGAGAUUCCAUUCUCUGUAGUUUGCAAUUUUCCUCCUAUGGAUCUUGCAGUGUGCUUUCCAAAUGGAACAAUGGUGAUUACUGCACUUGUGAAGACGGUGCCUGAACUAGAUCCUAGUAAACUGGUGUUGAAGGAUGGUAAAUGCCAACCAAAAGAAUUUGGCCAUCGUAAAGCUCUCUUUGAGUUUAGCAUUGAUAGCUGUGGCACAACAAGAACAAUUCAUGGAAACCACUUGAUCUAUGAAAAUGAAGUCUCGUAUCCAAGAGAGGCAAUUCCUAUCGAUUUUCCAGUUAUAACCAGAGAUCCUGAUUAUCGCUUAACAGUCUUGUGCCAAUAUGAAGUAAAUGAUACUCUAGCUGUUGGGAUUGUGAAGAGAUACCAGAAAGUUUCCUGGCAUCGUGGCAAUAGUGUACAAAUAGUGAGGGGGGCCAAGAAGCCAAGGCAUACAGCAGAACUACUCUCAAGGAUUUACAAAACGGCAGACUACUUGGAUUUUUACAAGGAUGAAGAAUACCCAGUGACAGUGAAUUGGACGCAGAUACUUUAUUUCGAAGUUGAGUUCAUGAACAACAAAGACCAUCAGACCGACGUUUUGUUGGAUAAUUGCUGGUUAACUACAACUCCUGAUCGCAACAGCCUACCACGAUGGUAUAUUAUCCAGGCCGGUUGUGAGAGCAAAGAGGAAAUGUUUGUAGCUGCCUUUCAUCCAGUAUCCAACACAAUGCAGUAUUCCCACCAGCUGAAAAGGUUUGAAGUUAAAAUACAGGAGCUGCCUCCAGCAGAACAAACUGUGUUGCCCAAGAAAGUGUACGGUCACUGCAGUGUUGUGAUCUGCCGUAAUAAUCCAGAUACAAACUCUUCUUGCGAUGGACAAUGUACAGUUUCCAAAGGCCAGAACUCUAACCUUGAUAUGCACAAGGAGUAUAUGUCGCUUGGAGAAGUUUGGCUUCUUGCUGAAAUAUUAGAACAAGAAAAAUUUGGAAGUGGACUAAUAUACUCAUAUUGGCAAUGGGUGCUUGGAUGCAGUUUGGCAAUCUUCUUGAUUCUUGUAGUGGUUCUCUUGAAGGUGUAUGUUCAUUAGGCAAAUAAAAUGACAUGAAAUAAACUGGC